GACAAAAGAAACGUUCUGUGGCCUUUUGUUCAUGUGUGUUUGUAUGAUCAACUUUAUCUGUGUUUAUAUGAUCAACUCUGUGUUCUACAUCUAAAUCACCCCUCUGGGAGUAACAGGUUUAAAAAUUAGUCUUUUCCUCUUCCAGGAAAAACGAGGCAAAAUAUUGAUGAGUCAUCCAGCACUACAUAUGUUUUUGUCCAAUCGGAUGCUCUCUAGAACGACAGUGUCCCUCCCACUAAAUGAUCUCGCUUCUCUUCACUAAUCAUGGUUCGUCGGUGUGUAUUUGGCUGUUCUAACGCACGGACAUUAUUUUGUUUCCCAACCACAAACUGGUUACGAAGGAAGUGGCUGGAGUUUAUACAUUUCGAAGAGGGGGCUAUUUGUGCCAGCUCGCGGCUUUGUGACAGGCAUUUCACUGAUGAAUCCUUCACCAAUUUGGGGAUGGUUACUGCGGGGAUAACAUGCUACCUUACAUUAGCAGACACGGCCGUUCCCUCUCUGUACACUGUAGGCGCUUCCCCUCCCGCACGACCAAUGACACGAGAGGUGGGCUGCCAAUGUAAUGCUCCGGUUUUGAAGAGUGUGGCGGUCCAAGCAGUACUCACCCAAAAAAAGCCAAAACGGAGGAGUAAAGCAAUUCAAGUCAAACCUCUUGUGAGUAACUGUGCUAGUGUGUCCUGCUCCGAUGAGGACUUUCCAGUCAAAUCUGAAUCUUCAUUCACAUUAACGCCAAUUAAAAGGCCACGAAUGGAGGAUUCCUCAGAGGGGACAUCAUACAGCUCAGAGGAACCAACAGAUGAUACCCAUGUGCCUGAUCUCAUUCAGGAGGAAGAUAUAAAGCUUGAGCCCUGUGAUUCUUCGUACAUCGUCGUCACCAUCUGAAUCCUCCAUUUCAUCAUCUGCGGAGAAGAGGAUCUGACCAGCAGAAGAGGAAGAGCGCUAAACAAAGACAGUUCAGCUAAUCAUCUUCUUUAAAAACAAGCAGGUGAUCACAUUUCAUCCUAAAAAGUGGAAUUCUCCUUGCAAACAUGAAUAUGUAAAAUAGGUAACAUUCUCAGUUGCAUUCUGACUGAGCUGCUCAUCCCUUUACAAGUGAGAAAAAUGGACUACAAUCACUUGACUAUAAUAUUUGACACCUACAUGGUGUGUGGAUGGAAAUGCUACACUAAAGUGACUGCUGUUCUCACUGUCAAGUUUCCUGCUCAUGACUUGCCUUCUGUCAAAUCUAUCACUGCUGACAGGUGUUGAAAAAUUUAGUAGCAAGAAAAUAUCAGGAAACCACAUACUGAAUUCUGUUAAUCCUCCAAAGAAAACACUGUCUUCCUUUGGAUGUUUUGUGGUCUGUGUAGCCCAUUCUUGAAGGUACAACUGCUUCAUUAGAUUGUAAACUUACUGACUUCCCAUGGUUACAUAUGCUUCAGGUUUGAAGUGUUGGGGAAAAAGUGAGGAACAGUCCUACACAUGUAAUGGUCAUGCAAAUGUACUUGGUGAAAAAGGGAUGUACCAUCUAGGACAUGGUUAGAGGAAUGAUUUUGAAUUUGGCACUGUGGGUCAGGGGAAACCCAAAAUAUGAAUGCUGUCAUUCAAAGAUAUUUGAGAAGCAGUAUCAGGUCUCCUUUGUCCAGACUUUAAUUGUUUUGAAAGUUUUAUACAUUCCAUUUAAACGUUCUAAUUUGUCAUCAGUUGUGAUUUAUUUUGAGCAAAUAUGUAUUACUUUGUGGUUAAAACAUACAAAUCAUCUAAGUUCCAAUAGAAAUGCAACAGUUACAAAACUGAGUGUGACCCGGGUCAAAGUGAUUGAAUCAUUUAGACCAAAUCACGUUGCUGGUGCUAAUGUCACAAAUUAUGUAGUUAAUUUAAUAAAAGUUUUAUUCAAUUAA